AUGCUUCCCUACCCCAACAUUCCCUUCUUCUUCUUCUUCUUCUUCCUUUUCUCGAUCUUUUCUUUUGUUGUUACAGCCAAUUUAUUAGGCAAUCUCAGCCUUCUGCAUCAACACCCCUACCCCGAAGAAGUUGUUCAACAAGUGCAGAGGAGCGUCAAUGCUUCAGUGACACGGCGGCGCCACCUCCUCUACGCCGCGCCGGUGAUCGGCCAGCCUGAAUGCCUGACCGGAAACCCCAUCGACGACUGCUGGCGCUGCGACCCAAACUGGGCGGAGAGCCGCCAGCGCCUAGCCGACUGCGCCAUCGGCUUCGGCCGCGGCGCCGCCGGGGGGAAGGGCGGCCGGUUCUACGUAGUGACCGACUCGUCGGACCGGGACGCGGCGAACCCGGUUCCGGGAACUCUCCGGCACGCCGUGAUCCAAGACGAACCGCUCUGGAUAAUAUUCGAGUCGAGCAUGGUGAUCAAGCUCCAGCACGAGCUGAUAUUCAACAGCUACAAAACCGUCGACGGCCGCGGCGCCGACGUACGGAUCACCGGAAACGGCUGCAUCACGCUCCAAUUCGUGAGUCACGUGAUAAUCCACAACGUCCAUAUCUACAACUGCCUGCCGUCGGGGAACACGAUGGUCCGGUCGAGUCCGAGCCACGCCGGCCGGCGGGGAAUGUCCGACGGCGACGGGAUAUCGAUCUACUCCUCCCACCACAUAUGGAUCGAUCACUGCGCCCUCUCCCACUGCACCGACGGCCUGAUCGACGCCAUCAUGGGGUCGACGGCGAUCACCAUUUCCAACAGCUACUUCACCCACCACGACGAGGUGAUGCUGCUUGGCCACAACGACAAGUACUUGCCGGACUCCGGCAUGCAGGUGACGAUAGCAUUCAACCAUUUUGGGAAGGGAUUGGUGCAGAGGAUGCCCCGAUGCCGGCGGGGAUAUAUUCAUGUGGUGAACAAUGAUUUCACAGAGUGGGAAAUGUAUGCAAUUGGGGGAAGUGCAAACCCCACCAUUAACAGUCAGGGCAAUCGCUACAUAGCUCCUCUGGAUCCUAAUGCUAAGGAGGUUACGAAGCGCGUAGACACCGACGAGGGGGAGUGGUCGGAUUGGAAUUGGCGGACGGAUGGCGACCUAAUGGUAAAUGGUGCAUUCUUUGUGCCGUCGGGGGCGGGGCUUGGCAUGCAAUACGCCAAAGCCACAAGUGUUGACGCAAGGCCGGCAGCCCUUAUCGACCAACUCACACUUAACGCUGGAGUUCUUGGUGGCCAAAGGGACAACAGCGUAAGCAUGUCAUAUGGGGGAGGGUCCGGCGGCGGCGGUGGUGGUGGGGCCAAUUACGGCUACGGCGGCAGCGGCGGAGACGGCGACAUGUUUGGAAUGAUGUUUGGGAGUGUAGAAUCAAUUAGGCCACCGCUCAGCGCUACCUUAUUAUCACUGUCCCUUACAAUAAUUAUUUUAAUUUUGUUAUUACCAACAACGACUUCUACUAUGUCACUAUGAAUAUAUAGAAUCGGAAUGUGAAUGAGAAUGCUAAGUGCACUCAUCACCGAUAUCAUUAUUGUUACAAUUAUUCAAUUACACCAAUUGAAUUAUACUCGCUCCGUCCCAAUAGUCUUGUUUAUCAUUUUUG